CAGCAAAUGACCAACUCGAACAACCAGAACACCAACUUGGGUGUGAGCAUGUAUGUGAGCAGCAAUGGUGCUCGUUCACAACUUGGAUGUCCCUCAGUCCAGGAGAAAAAUUCAAAUCAGACAGAGCUCUGUCGACUCCCUCGCUCCAUUCGACAUAUCAGGUUAUCGAGCACUCACCCGUUCCAACCUUCAAGUGCCCUUCGAUAAUUGUAUUUCGUGAAUCUCGUGUAUCUCGUGUGUUAAAACCAACCUCUCCAUCAGCCCUCAGAAUGAAGCCGUUCCUAGGUCUAAUCUUGUGCAGUGCCAUCCUAUCCUUCACUCUGGCCGAGGAUUGUACCGAGGCCGAAAAACUCGAGGAAGACAAUAACCAUCGCCAAUGCAUGAGGGAGGUCCAAGCCCGUGUUCACGCAGGAACCGGGUUCCACGAGGUCUGCGACCGGUUGGACGAGCAAAUCGAGCGAUGUGGAAGGCACAAGGCCAAAUGUCUCGAGCAAGACGAGCUCAGAUUAUUUAAAGAUAUGCAGUUGGAGUCUCUGAUCAAGCUCACGGAUGGCCAGCAAAUUGGUGAGAUCUAUAAAAAGUGCGAAAUAAUCAAGGAAUAUGUGGAAAGUGGAAGAAAACCGUGGAAGUCCACUGAGAUGUGCAAUCUGCAACAGGUUGGCGAAGCCAUGGAAAAACGUCAGCAAUGCAUCGUGGAGGCCCGAAACGAGUUGGCCACCAGCAAAACCGAAGCCCGAGCCCGCCCCCUUCACAUAAAUCUCAUUUGCAAUUUUGUGCAAAAGUCAUUAUACGAAUGUGCAUCGGAAAUGAGGCACUGUUUCUCGGAGGAUGACUUCAAGAAGAUGCUGGACAAGAGUCCUGAGGCCCUCAAUAAGCUACUGGACGUGAUGGGCUCUGAUUUCGAUUUGACCACGUGUGGCAGCAUGUUGAAUGCUCAACCCAUUACAGCAGGAUCGUCCCAUUUGAAUGUUGGCUUAAGCUUUACUCUGGUUACUACUCUUAUCUUGUCUCGAUUGCUGUGAUCUUCCAUGCCAAACUAUAUCUGCAUCGUCCCUGUAAAUCCCUUAGAAAAAAAUUACUCGUGGGAACUCCCGCCGUUCUAACCAAUUAUGAAUCACUCUCACUUUCAGAUUUCCCACAUUGCCCCCACGAAGUGUGUAAUCAGGUUGAAACUUUGAAAGUCCCGUCCUGUAGUUGUACGAGUUGUACCUUGGCCCAUUUUUUCGAUAAUAGUAUUAACACCCGUGGGUACUUGAAUUAUGCUUAGAAACUAGUCGAAAAAAUUGUAGCUACCCCUGUCAUACAAACGAGAAUAAAGUCCAAAUUCAUAUUUCCGUGUUCCUAAA